CGACCACAGCGCCAAACGACAAAAGAGAAUUAUACAGAAGGCAACAGGAAGGACCGCAUUAGAAGCAUAGAAAAGGGAAUCGAAUCGAAUCGAAUCGAAUCCGAACAAGUCCACAAAUCUGUUUCUACAAGAUCGAUAAACAAGCAUGCGAGAAAGAGCGAGAGGGGGAAUAUCAUUUUGUGACCGUUGGUUAUACCUCUUGGUCGCCUGCGCGGUGGUCUCUGUCUUUUAUUUUGACCGUUCCAUGCUUCGAAGUGUGGAAGAGCAUGUUUUCAAGUUUUCGACGGAGGAGACUGGGAGCAGUAGAAUCACUUCUACUGCUGGAGAUUCAUCACCUCCGGUACCUUCGUCUACCUGCAUUGGAUACCGGGAGUAUCCGUUCCCCGAGCACCACUCAGGGUUGCCGUACCUUGCGGACGCCUUUGCCUCGUUCGAUGCGUCGACGGUCACCUUUGUUGGAAUCAACCGAGGCAAGUGCGACGAGGAAUGGAAGGAGGCCGAUUCUUUUGCCAGCUUUCACGUGGAACAGUAUCACCGCUUCUUGUGCGUGUUUCGGGGUAUAAGCGACGCUAGCAACGACGAAGAAGUUGUAUACGUACUCAGCGACUACAUCGAAUCGACCUGGCCGCACGAUCCUGUCUACCUUAUUCAGUGCCAGCUGCCGGAGGUGUUUAGGCACCUUAUCACUCCCGGACAGACCUUGACGAAUCUUCACGUCGAUCUACGCUCCCUUGAAGACAUGGAACAGGACAAGGGAGGAUCCUGGGGAAACCACCGGAGGCGGAACCCUCCCCGUAGCAUGAGUGAUGGUGAUGAGGACAGCGACAGCGAUGCCGGCUAUCGUAGCAGUGCUAGCUUGGCUCUAGACGUCCUCCCAUCGAUUUCGAACAUUCCGAUAUGCCACCCCGAGUCGGUGCACGUUUCCAAGUUUUCGAAGCGCAAUUCACAGCAUCCGGACGACUCAUCCCACCUGCAACCCAACCAGUUCCGCCUCGUCGGAUUCCUCCCAAUCACCUCGUCGUACGCCAUCGACUCCCGUGAGGGGGCCGAAGACUCGACGGUGUGGUCGUCUAGCGCCCAGAGACUUCCAGAGUGGAUCGAUUACCACCGAAUGCAGGGAUACGACCACUUUGUGAUCUACGACAACGAUCCGCUGCCCAACGGCCCCAUCUAUCAAAUCCUGAUCAACGAGGGCCACAUUGAUUCCGGGCUUGUCUCGUACCGGUGGUUCCCUCUCAAAAAUUGCAUGUCAAGCGUCGAGCACCGCCGCAUGGACACGGCGCAGGUCAGCGGAUCGAUGGCAGCCCUCCAUCGGAUCGGAUUCAGCACCGAAUUUUUCAGCUACCACGACGGGGACGAGUAUCUUGUGCCGCUACGAGCAUCGAAGAGAAAGUCGGAGAGUCCUUCAAGAGCCACCAUCCUUGAGCUCGCGGAAGACAUCUUCGAAGCCAAGCCAGAAAUCGACGCGAUCGAAUGGGUCCCGACCGUGAUGGCCCCAUGCAACGGGACCGUGGUCGAAGCGGGCGGUUCCGUAGUUGCCAAGUGGCAGUGCCUAACGGAUCAGCACUAUGCGGACGUGAAGCUGAUCGUGAGGACGGCCACAAUUUUCUAUUUUUGCAUCCACUAUCCGGUUGUGAGGAAAUACACAAAGGAAAGGGGAGACACGUCACCGGAGGCCUAUCGGUUGGACGAUACCACMGAGGGUUAUCUCGCACACUACCGGGCAGAAAACGAUCCGAACGGAUCCUGGCGAGACGACUAUGCCGGGCUUGUAAGCAACGAGUGGACGGACCGCAUUGACUACAUGGACGGAUUUUUGGCGUCGAGAGGGGUUGAAGGAUUCCCGCGCACUUCGCAGUCGUCCGCCUCCGGAAUCGGUGAGAAACCGAAAACCAAGCCGAAAACUAAGCCGAAAACCAAGCCGAAAACCAAGCCGAAAACCAAGCCGAAAACCAAGCCGAAAACCAAGCCGAAAACCAAGCCGAAACCGGACCGAAAACCAAAGAAAAAGAAGAAAAAAAAGAAAGAAAAGAAUAUCGAGGCCGAGUCGGAGAAAUCAUUAACUGCGAAGACGAAACCAGAACGUCGAGACGGAACAAUCAGUGAGGAGUAGAUCGCCUAUCGCAGAAGAACGACCAAGUACGGUAGAUUCAGCUCGGAGUCGUAUCAUGGUUGGUCAAAAGAAACGAUGUGGACGCAA